AACAACUUAUCAGUCACGUAAAACAUCACGUGAUAAGUCAUUUUAUGAAAGUAACGCAUGCGCUGUUAAAUGCUUAGUGUGUCCUUAUCGUCAUGGCGGAGUUAAGCCCUGGAUUUCAUAUAAUAUAAUCUUCAUGGAAUAUAUUUGAGAAUAUUAAGAAAUCGAGAUGGCGCAUGAGAUGCAUUUAAAAAACAACAAAUACCGGCAGUGGGUUAAGGCAGGUCUAGGCUUGGGUUAUAUUAAAGAGGGACUUGCGCCAUUUUGUGAUGAAAUAGGAAAAGAGCAGCACAAAGAUAUUAUUAACCAAAUACAACAAACAAAGACUCCUCAACCAAACGUAUCAUGUGGCGUCUGUAAGAUAACAACUCUCCAGCCGGACCAUGUCAGAGUCUCAAAAGGGAUAUGCCCCCUCAAGCAAAAUAAUUGUAACUGUUGUUUUCCAAAUAAUAAGAUACCCUGUCCAAACAACAUAUGUGGUGCCAUCUAUGACAGCAUAAUACAGAAUCAUGCAUCAAUACCACCGGCACCUUCUUGGAAAAACAGUGAUGUCAAACAGUGGACGGCAAAUCCAUGGAGUGUUUGCAAAUGUUAUAUAAAUGCUCCUGGGUACAAGGAUAAGACAUCAGCAGCCGAAACGGAUUGUUCUGGGUUGCUUCAUCUUAUCAUAAAUAACAAAUAUUUUCAUGGCCAUAUUGGAUGCAAUGUUACACUACCAAACAAUCUGUUUUCAAAGGUACGGCAAUUCAGAAAUGAGAUUUUUCACUCCAGUAGUAUGGAAUUAGAGGAGAGUGAUGCUAAUGCUUACCUUGACGACAUGAUAGCAGUUCUACAAGAUAAUAAGGAACUUGCACAUCGAGAAGAUGCACAACAAGCUGUUAGGAAACUUCAAGAUCUGAAGAUGAAGGACCUCAACAUAACUACUGAAGGCUUUGAAGAAAUUCUGAGACAAAUCAAAGAAGAAAUGGCAAUAGCUUUUAAAACGACAGAAAUUGCUGCAACCAAAUAUGAUGAUCUGAAGAAAAAGCAAUUAGAAAUGGAAGCAAAGAUGGCAGAAGAAAAGAUAGGAAAUCUUGAAACUGAAAAAGAACUUGCAGUACUAAAAAUAACAAUUAAAGAACUUGAAUCACAAAUGUCCAAAGAAAGGAAGGAAAAACUUGACAUGGAAAAGGGACAUGCCGAUUUGAAAAAGAAAUUAACUAUUCUAGAGACCUUUGUUUCAGAGCAGAAAGAGGAGAUUGCAACCAUUAAGACAGAAACUUCCUCGGGUCAAUGUCAGACAGAUUAUGAACAAGCCAAGUUAGAUUGGCGGAAAAGGUUAAUAGAACAGUAUCACAAAACCCUGCUGCAAGUUCCUAAAACACCUUUACAACCAAAAUCUGAAAAAUGUCAUUUUAAUAAGAUUUAUAUUAGACCCAAAAUAACGAGGGAAAUAAAAAGAGGAAAGGGAGAGAUAAAAGAAGUGAAGGUUCAAACAAUGUCAGAAAUGUUUACAAAGAAUGAAGUCCCCCAAAAAUCUGUAUAUGUUGUUGGAGAUGCAGGGUCAGGAAAAACUAGUUUUUGUAAAUAUCUGGUCAACUGUUGGUGUUUGGCACACAGUGAGGAACAUGUAGUUGACAAUAAAAAUGAAGGUGACAGUGAAAAAAAUGGAGGUGCGUGUACAAAACAUGGCGUUGACAAUGAAAAUGAAGAUGGCAUUGAAAAUGAGCAUGGUACUGGGAAACAUGGAGGUGACAAUGAAAAUGAAGCUGACAAUGAAAAUCAAGCUGGCAGUGAGAAACAUGAUAAACAUGGAAGUGAAAUUGUAAACGAGGAACAUGCAGGAUACAUUGAAAAUGAAAAGAACAGUAACAAACAUGGAGGUGAUUAUGAGAAUCGAGGAGAUGAAAAACAUGUGGGUGGCAGUACGAAACUUGGAAGUGACAGUGAUGACAUUCAGGAUAACAGUGAUGACUUAACACACUCCAGAUCUGAUAGUGACGACUCUGGAGAUAUCUUAAUAGACUCUGAAGAUGACAGUGAUGGCUCUCAUGAUACCUUAAUAGACAGUGAUGACCCUGAAUAUGAUUACAAUAGUUAUGAACUUAAAUUCAAUGGUGUAAAAGAGAUGAAGACAUUUGAUUUUGUAUUUUACAUCCCUCUUAGACAGUAUCAAAACAUUGACACUAUAGAUGAAAUGCUUCAAAAACGUUAUCAAAUGAAAAUGUUAAACACACUUCUUGAAGAAGAAUCCUCUAGUGUUAUGAUUUUGCUUGAUGGCUUAGAUGAAUGGUCCUCUGAAAAUGUCCCAGAACAUAGCAUUUUUAAGGAAUACACAAUAGUAACUACUUCGCGGCCAUGGAAAUUUCAUACAUUAAGAUCAAAUGAGGUGGAGAUUGAACAGUCACUGAAACUCAAAGGGUUUGAUUUUAGAUGUGAAAGGGAAAUAGUAUAUAGGACAGUCUCACUAUUAAAUGUUGGAAGACAUGCUUAUAAAAAACCUAGGGAUUGUAGUGAAAAGCUGAAGGAAAAAUCUCUGAAAAGUUUGAAACAGGUACCAAUUAUGCUACAACAACUGAUUUGCCUAUGGUUUGAUGGUAAACUGGAUAAAACCUCAAGAUGUGCCAUCUACACCGGUAUGUUAGAAGUUGUUUUUACAUGGAAUGAUAUGAAAACUACAGGAACAAGUACUCGGCUCAUGAAAGGUACCCAGAAAGUUAACCUCCCUCAUUAUUUAGAAGAUAAAUCCAAAUUCAAAUUAAACAGUCAUUUCAUUUAUGAUGUGUCACAGUUGGCUUAUAAGACACUUUUUAACUGUCCUAAGAAUAAGUCCUUGGCAUUUGACAUUUGUAUGUUUGAUGAACUAGAAACAUCAGGUGAAUUAAGAGAAAAUUGCUUGAGACUUGGAAUAAUUACAGAAGAUGAAUGUCCAAGUUUAUCUUUAUCAGAACCACCAAGCUCAUUGUUCUCUUUUAUUCACAAAUCAAUGCAAGAAUUUCUUGCUGCAGUGUAUAUUGGAAUCAAUUACAAUACAAAAAUUGGUGCAUCAGAUAGUACAGGAAAUGUUGAAUUAGCCAAAAAGUUGCUUAAUGAGGUUUUUCAGAAAUGUUCAACAGUAAAUGACAUUUUAGAGCAGUCAAAUGUUGUCAUUAUGCUAUGUGGUCUAGAACCUAGAUUAGCAACACCUGUUUCUAAAUAUAUAUAUGAUACUGUGUCAGAAGACUCUCGUGUUGAAGAAUACAGAAGAACAAUAAGUAGUGACAUUUAUAUGGAUCAUAGUUAUAUCACUGAUAUUCAAAAGCUUAUGUUUGAGUCAAUGAAAGAAGUCAAUGCAGUAUAUAGUGUAGAAAGUAAUCCUGCAUUUUAUAUAGGAGAUUUAGUCAUUGAUAAUAGGGAGAAUUGUGAUAUUGUUUGUUCAAGUAUUGAUCAGAAACAAAUUGCUCCUGACUCUGUCAUGUCUAUUAAUGUAAACUACACUUACACAGAAAAUGUUAAAUUUACAAAUUACUUACCAAUGUUUCAACAUCUUGAAAAACUUGAAAUUAAAAAUGGAUUUGAAAAUCAAAGAUUAAUUAGAACACAAAGUCAAAGCACACAGAUUAAUACCGGUAAACAGAUUGCUGAGAUUAACAGUUGUGUUGCUGAGACAAUUAAAGUAAAUACUUCAAAAUUAAAAUGUCUAUCCUUUGGUAGCGACUCAUAUGACACAGACGAGUAUUACCCAGUGUAUAAAACAGUUGUUAGUUACUUACCUAGAAUGAUCAAUCUUGUAGCAAUAAGUAUGAGUCAUAUAACAAUGAGCCAUGAUGAUACUACUACAUUCUGUAAUUUUCUUGAGGGAACCAGUCAUCUGGAACAAAUACAUCUUGUCUAUGUAAAUUGUGAGUGUAAAAACCAGCAUGAGGUAAAUUUAUCAAAACAUCAACAACUUCAUUACCUUCAUUUGGAACAUUCUAUUAGAAUGAUAGACGCUGAUACUUCAAACCUUGAAAUAUUUAUCUUUAAUGCAUUGAAGGAUAGUAAUUAUGAGAAAAUAUUUGAUAUAAUUACAGAAUCUAACAAAUUAAAAGAACUUAAAUUGUAUGGAAAUUAUUUCAGUGUAUCUCAAUUAUAUAAUGCCAACAUAACAAAGAGACUAGUCAGAGUAUUGCCAUUGUUACACUCUCUCAGUAAGCUUAAGUUAUGUUAUUGUAGGUUAACUGACAAUAUAAUACAGUCACCUUUUGAGAUGAAAACCUUAAAGCACAUUAAGCUUUGGAAUGUCAAAAUGAGUUUGACAACAUGGCAGAAGUUUGUUGAUAGUCUUCCUAGUAUUCCUCAUACUUUAAAUGUGAGUUUAAGGCGCUGUUAUAUAACCGGAGAUGGUGAGGAGUUUAAGGAUAAUAUGUCAACAUUGACAUCACCAGAUGAUGCUAUACAGUAUGCAAAGGAUAAGGAUCAGUUAUUUCAUGUUAAACAUGAUUCUGAUGUUUGGUUUGAAUUUUUAACAAAAAAGUGAAAAAGAAAUUUAAUAGUCAUAGUAAAGUAUACAUGUAACAUAGUGUUUAACCUAGAUUAUUUCAUGUUUUCAGACAUAAUAAAUUCAACAAAAAGGUGAUACUUAAGAUAAAUUAAUUUAUAAUUUGAUGUAAAGUUAAAGAAUAAAUACAAUAUAGUAUGAUAGAAUAAAUGAGUUGUUAAAUAUAUUUUUUCUGGUAAUAAAUAAUGUUAAACAAUUUUUUUAUAAUAUUGAAUUGAAGAAAGUAUUAUUCAAAUAAGUGUGUUUAUAUUAAAACAAAUAAAGAACUCUAGUGAAAUAUAAUUGAUAUAUUACCGGUAAUUCUAAUAAAUAUUUUAAUAAACUAAGGUAAACGUUAUUUUUUUCAAGAUCAUGGAUAGUAAAAUUUGAAGAAAGUAAUAUUCUUACUAGAUAUACAUAAAAUAUAAAAAAGUAAAUAAAUAAAUGAAAAUAUCAUAAAACAGAUGGCCAGAAGGAGAAUAAUAUGUUUGUAGGUUGAAAAAGUAAAAGAUACACUUCAGAGAAGAUAAUCCAGAAUUUUUGCAGAAGGAAAUGAUCUAUUAGGGGUCGAUGUUGUUGUAUUAUCAUAAAAUGUGCAUUGAAUAAAAUGUUGUUAUUUUUUUUCCAAUUAAGUAUAGAGUAAAUAAUAGAUGCAUGAAAUUAAUAUAAAGAGAUAGAAUGAAAUAUAUAUGUAAAUACUAAUAGGAAAAGACAAUUGUAUAUAUAAACACCAGUUAUAUGAUGUAUUAUAUGGCAAAGAUAUGGUAUAGAUAAAUAACAGUGAUAUUAUAUAUUGGACAAUGGAAUGGUAUAUGUAUGUACCAGUUUAACAAUUGAAUGCUAUAAUAUAAAUAUCAGUUAUACUUAUACUGAACAGGGGAAUGGUAUAUUCAGUUGUAUGAUAUAUAGGAUUAUAUGUUAUAUAGGCAAAUAAAUGUUAAAUAUAUAUUUUUAUGAACAUGUUUUGAUUGACAUAAGGACCAUUUACUUGUUAUGUCCCCUUUAAAAAUGUGGGGUAUAUUGUACAAGUCAUAAAUUGAAUUGUUGUUUCUAUAUUUCUUUGCACGUGAUGGCAGGUCGAUAUCUUGGUCGGUCUGUAAACAAAAUCGAUCCCGAUCAAGCACUUAAAAACACCUGGGCUUGUGAACUUCACAACUUGGUAUUGAGAUAAGUCUUUACAAGUAAAUGAACCCAUUUGUUUUGGGGGUCAUCAGGUUAAUAGCCAAAGUGGCAAUGAUAUGACUACUUCCCUAAUUAGCUGGUACGGCGAAUGGGCGUACAUGUUUUACAAACAUAUCUUAUUUAUAUUUUUUAGAGAUUCCUUCCUGUUUUAUGCUGUAAAGAUUGAAAAUAGUGAGUGACAUUAUAAUUAUGCCAAACAGUUAAUGUGAACAAGUUUCUAUUGUUAGUCGGUGUAGUUAAAGGGAAUUCACUGAGGUUUUGUGACAUGAUGGGACAAGAAUUAUUUUCUUUAGAUUUUUAUACUUUUUAUGGCCCCCUUCGAAGAAGAGGGGUAUAUUUUUAUACAUAUGUCUGUCGGUCGGUCUGUCCCCAUUAGACCACAUGGUUUUCGCUCAUUAUCUUAAAACUAUUUAUCACAAAGUCUUCAUAUUCAACAUACUGGUUGGUCAUAACACAAUGUCACCUAUUGAUUUUGAGUGCACUAGGUUAAUGGUCAAGGUCAUAGAGGCCUUAAAUGUCCGAAUAGUUUCCGUUCAUUAUCUUAAAAGCUUUUUAUCACAUAGUUUUUAUGUUUCACAUACUGAUUGUUUAUAAGAAUAAGAUGACCCAUAUUGAUUUUGGGACACUAAGUCAAAUGUCAAGGUCAGCAUUGAAUGUUAGAAUGGUUUCCACUGAUUAUCUUGAAAACUCUUUAUUACAAAUUCUUCAUAUUUCUCAUAUUGAUUGGACACACUCGUAUAUAGUAGAUGACACCAAUUAAUUUUGAGGUCACUAUUUUAAAAGUCAAGGUCCGAGGGCCUUAAAUUUCAGAAUGAUUUCCGUUCAUUAUCUUUUAACGUAUUUGAUACAAAGUCUAUAUAUUUCAUUUAGUGAUUGGUCAUAACAAGUAGAUGACCCCUAUCGAUUAUGGGAUUACUAGGUCAAAGUUCAAGGUCAGAUGGACUUUGAAUGUUAGAAUUGUUCCAACUUUUUUCCUGAAAUCUGUUUAUCAGUAUAGUAGAUUAUCCUUAUUGAUUUUUGGGGUCACUUUUGCAAAGGUCAGGGUCACAGGGGCCUUAAUUGUCAGAAUGUUUUCUGCUCUUUUUCUUGAACACUAUUUAUCAAAAGUCUUUUUUUUGUCAAUAGUUCAACGGUUAAGGCCACAAGGUACUUGAAUGUAAGAAUGGUUUUCGCUCAUUGUCUUGAAAAUUAUUUAACACAAAAUCUUCAUAUUCCACAUGUUGAUUGGUAAUAACUAGUAGUUGUUCCCCAUUGAUAUUGGGAUCACUAUGUCAAAAGUCAAGGUCACAGGGGCCUUAAAUGUCAGAAUGGUUUCUGCCCAUUAUCUAAAAAAAAUAUUAAUCAAAGUCGUCAUAUUUCAUAUAUUGAAAAGUCAUGUCUCUUUUGAUUUUGGGAUGGAUUACUUGUUCAAAGGUCAAGGUCAUAGGGGCUUUAAAUAUAGAAAAUGGUUUCCACUCAUUACUUCAAAAACGUCUUCAUAUUUGACCUAUUGAUCAGUUAUAUUGGGGUCACUAGUUCAAAGAUCAAGUUUUAUGUAUUCACAUUUUGAUUGUUUUUAUAGGAUAUUCUUUUUUUCUUUUUCCAUAACUGAACACUUCCAUGUACCCAUUUAUUGCAACUUUCUAUAACAUAAUUACCAAAAGUAUGAGUCAAGGGCUAAAAGGGGGGGGGCAUAUGUGUCGUUCGAAACUUCUUGAUUAUAUUUGAUGUGUGAAAUGUCAGAUUAUUUGCUCACUAUGUUUUUCCAAAAUACUAGCAAUAAUUUGAGCUCCAAAGAUAUGUUGUAAUCUUGUGUCCAAAAUAUUAUCCCUGGUGUUAUGUCAAUUGUACUCAUAUAUAUUUACUUGAAAUGUACAUGAAAUGUAUCAAGAAACUUGCACAAUUAUAUUCUCUUUAUUUAUUAGAACUUUGUUUGUUUAUUAUAAUAAGUUGGUUUAAAUUAAGAAUUGGAAGUUAUUUAAUGUUAAGAUUUCGUUUUUGUUUUGUUUUAAGCAACGUGAUGGAAACUAGAAACUUGAACAGUUUUAUUCAGUAUCAUAUUAGUUUUAACCUUGUUAAAGGGUUUCUUGCUGUUGUUAUUCUAUUAAUGGAUAAUUGAUAAAGCUAUGGAGAACUAUAUACGGUUAAAAUUAUAGCAAUAUACACUUCUUUUCAGCCAAUGGUUGACUAAGAUUAUUGUUCUUGUAUCAUGUACAACACUAUGUUUUUUUAACUUGUAGACUUUUAAAUUUUCUCAUUUGAUUAAGAACGAAUAGAUACAACAAGAAAAUAACAUCGAAAUGUUCUUUUUGCGCAAAUGUACAUUUUUAUUGCUUACAAACUAUCUUCAUAGAAUUUAUCUAAAGGUGACAUGUAUAUCAGUAUAGAAAAAUGUAAACAACAUAUGACCUUUAGAUCUUGUCACAGAAACUUUUUAGUGAGAAUUGUUUUUGUUUUUUCUACUGGUUAUGUUAUUAAUGUAAUACAAUGUACUUUCAAAUAAGUAAAAUGUAUUUGUUUGCUGGUUUUGAUAGCAUGAGUGUAUGAAUGCUCAUAAUAAAAAGAUGUACAGAAUUGA